CAGAGAAUAAAAUCAGUGCCAUUGACUGUAAGUAACGUACGUUCUCAUGCAUGGAAGGAGGAGAGAGAAAGAGGAAAAAGCUAGACCUAGAUUGGGGAAAGCUCUUGUCUGAUCAUAUAGAUGAGGAUGAGGAGCCUCCGACGGUAAUGGUGGUUACAAACACCGGUGCGGCAGCGGAGAAAUUGAAAUCGGCGGCGAUGGAUGACGAACAACAACAGAACGGGUUUAAUCAUAUGAACGACAGAGAACUGAAUGACGUGCUUGAAAGGAACAUACAGAAUCUUAAAAGUGUCGGUGACAGGUUGCCGGAUAAAGGCCAGAAGCUUAGGGUCAGUAUCAAGCGCCUAGAGGAGGAGAUAGAGCGACGGCAACACCAACGAGCUGAGAAGGAUAAUGAAGGGUGUGAAAAGGGCAGACAAUCACGGAUCCCAAGUUUGGUUUGUGCACAUGAUGGCUCCAAACAAGGGGAUCUAUCAUCUCUACCAUCUUCACGGUCUGCAUUUGCCUCAUAUCUUCGCAUAAAGAAAGAUGAAAAUAUGGAUUCUAGGACAGUUGAUGCCUUUGAAAAAGAGUUUGCGUAUGUUAAACCCUGUGAGCACCGGAAAGUGGGACAUAACAGGCAAUAUUCAUCAAGGGGAAGACCCAAGAAUAGGUUUUCUUUAAUAAAAAAACCUUCUCAAUGCCCUAGCAGUCUUUCCAUGGGUGCUGAUAAACAUCAUCUCUCAAAUGGUGAUCAAAAGGGCAUGGGUUCCUCUACUUGUUCAAGUCGUGUCUUUCAGGAGAAUUUGUCUGGUUGUUUAUCAAAGAAGAGAAAUGCUUCUCAAGUUCAGCCUUCAAAUGAGUUGAGGCUGAGGAAUGGACAUUCUGUUGUUCUAGUGGAUGAGGAGGAACCUCAGCUUGUUGGAACAACAGAGCAAGCAGACAGAAUAGAUGAAUGCAUGAAAGAGACUAAGAUCUACUAUCCAUCAAGGGAUGACCCAGAAUCAGUUGAAAUUGUUUACUCAGACAUGGACUGCCUUGCUCCUGAAGCUUAUCUCUCAUCGACCAUUAUGAACUUUUACAUCCGAUAUCUGCAGCAGCCAACAUCUCCCACAAAUAGGACAGGAUGUGAUUAUCAUUGUUUUAAUACUUAUUUCUACAAGAAGCUGAAAGAGGCUGUAAUGAAGAAGCCGAGUGACAAUGAAAAUACAUUUGAAAAGUUCAGAAGGUGGUGGAAAGGUGUCAAUAUAUUUGAGAAAGCUUAUUUACUCCUUCCAAUACAUGAUAACCUUCAUUGGAGCUUGGUGAUAAUAUGCAUCCCAUACAAGGAAGAGGAAGCAGGGCCAAUUGUACUUCAUUUGGAUUCACUAGGACUUCACUCUAGAAAAUCAAUUUUCGAGAACAUUAAAAGCUUUUUGAGAGAAGAAUGGAACUAUCUGAAUAAAGAAGAAGCUCUUUCAGGUCUUCCUAUUGCUGAUAAGAUCUGGAAAGAUCUUCCACAUAGAAUCAAUGAGAAGACAAUUGAGGUUCCACAGCAGAGAAAUGAGUAUGACUGUGGUGUGUUUGUUCUCUUCUACAUGGAACGCUUCUUACAGGAGGCUCCUAAAAGGAUGAAAAAGAAUGAUUUAGCAAUGUUUGGCAAGCAUUGGUUUGGACCUGAAGAACCCUCUCGUCUGAGAGGGACAAUCUGGAGUUUACUCUGGGAGGAAUUCAAGAAUGCAAGUGACAAUAUACGUGGUUUGAAUCCUUAGCCUUGUUCUCGGGGCUCCUACUGGAAGCAUAUAGCACAAAAUUAUCAAUAUCCUCGUACUACAACAGUUACUCUGAAAUUUUGAAGUCGGGUACCUGGGUGUUCUUAUCUCUGUACAGCUCAUAUGGUUACCGUUGACAACAAAAUACCUCAUCUCACUGGUUUGAUGUUCCAAUGAUUCAAAUCUCACUGGUUUGAUGUUCCAAUGGUUAAUCAGCAGUGGAACAUAUUUUGAAACUACCUUUGUACGGGAUGGAGGUUGGUCCAAAAGCCACCAGCGCAAGCUGGGACUGAACAAGAAGAGAAAAAUAAAAAAAUGAAUAGAGAUUCUUCCGGGACGUAAAGUACACUAUAGAGGUCAUCCAAUCAAUACUAGCCCUUUUGGCUGAGUUUUAGGAUUUUAAAAGCCUUCUUGGUUGUAUGGGAGGAAAAUGGAGAUAUCAGCACUAGCUAACGUUCACCAUUUAGCAAUCAAGACCUCGGUUUCUAUCUUUAUUGUUUUUGCAGAAAGGAAUAGAAUGACACAGCGUUAUGUGAUUAAUGGAAAGGGAUUCUGGAUUUAUGAUUUUUUGACUUGACGAUGUCUACUCCUUUGAAAUGUACUCCGUUUCUAAAUAAAGAUUACUGAUUCCUUUUAGUCAUUGAAAUGAUUCAUGGGCUGA